CCAAUCAAUUACCAUCGCAGGAGCAGAUGGAACUUUCAAAACCGUGCCGAGAAAUCCUCCUGAUUUGAAAAAAGGCUCCCUGCUUACUUUUAAUAUAGUUUUCAGAAAUGUGUCUUUUCCAAUGGUGUAUGCAUUGACUACAAGGAUAACACUGUCCACAUACGAGUCCUUCUUUAGAAUUGUACGACAGAUUUUACCUCUCAACUACAACCAGUUAACCAUCAUAACAGAUUAUGAACGAGGUUUGAUGAACGCAGUAAGGAUUGUUUUUCCUCAAACAAAGCUCCAGGGAUGUUGGUUCCAUUUUUGCCAGUCUGUUAUCCGGUACUGCAAAAGAAGCAUGAACAGUCUAUUUCAGCUUUUUCAGACAAGUGUUGAGGCGGCUACAGUUUUGCGCAUGGUGUUAGCUCUACCCCAUCUUCCUGCUGAAUCCCAAAUUAAUUGUAAUUUCACAAUGUUAGAUGGUUUUCAAAUAAUCGUGGAUUAUGUCAACCAACAACCUGUAAUUCGCGAACGCCUACAAGCAUUUUUAUUUGGCUACAUACAAGAUUUUUGGUUUAGACAAAUAACCGCUGAAAACAUAAGUGUCUUUGGGUUAGAAUUCUUAAAAAAUGACAUAAACAGAUUAUUGUUAUAUAAAUUAUAAUAUAUAUUUUUGUAAUAUAUUUUAGGUCAGAGUUUCGAACUAACAAUUAUGUUGAGUCUAUUCAUGCCACACUCAAGGCACAGUUUGGAAAACACCCCAAUAUCUAGGAUUUCAUGCGUAUAUUUAAUUAAACUAUAUAUACUCAUGUUUGUGAAUAUUAUUGAUUUGUUUGUAUUACAAUGUAUUUAUGUGUUUCUAUGUGAAUGGUGGGUAUCGCCAAUUUGACCCAGAGUAAGAAUACUAAACAGGUAAUGUUAUCAAGUGUCUAUCAAGAUUUGUGAAUGCUGUGCUGUGUUGUUAAUGAGUAUGUAUGU